AUUUUAAACACUUCAUAUGUGUUUGAAUGUGUGUGUCUGUUUAAGUUUGUAGGGUUUUUUAUUUUUUCCACAAUUUACAUUUUAAAUGUGUUUGUUGCUCCUUUGUAUUUGGCAAUCUUGCUUUGAAUCAUUAAUCUUGAUCAAACAUGAGUUUUGGUGACUUUAUUUGAAUAUUCAUCUGGCUUUGUUGGUAUGUAAUUAUUGUGAAGAUUGAGCAAAUAGUACAGUCAUUUGUCCAGUGCUCACUAUACACGUUUUUUAAUCAACAUAGUUUUAUCUGCAUGAAAGGACUUGUUAUGGGAAGUUGUGUUCACUUUCAUGGUUUCAGAACCUUGGACAGCAACUUUUUAGAUUCAGCUUUCCCCCUCCAUUUCCCAUUUAAAAGAAUAUUUCUUGAAUAUUUUUGCUAGUAAUUUUUUAUUAUAUCAAAUCUGUACCACUUUUUUUUCUUUUAAAACUCUUAGGAAUGUGUGUUUUUCAUGUUUUAAUGGAGAUAUUAUUAUGGCUGAAGGUAAAAACAAUAGUUUGAAAUCAUAAACCUUCAACCGUUUUUCAGUGAGAGGUGGAUAUUGUUGUUUUCUCGGCUUUUUUACUAUCUUACUUAAAGUUACACUUCUCAGUAAGUCUGCUGGGCUGAUCAGUUCAUGCUGUUUUCCUGCAGUUUUGUAAUAUGAACUCUUAGGGCCGCUGUUGACCAGAGUGUGCAUGACAGAGAGUAGAGCUGUAGCAGCACCUCCCAUGUAACACCGCCAUAAUGAAGAGAGAGCACGACGGUAAAGAACGCACUUUCGGGAUAUGUAGAAUAUCUGAUCACAGACACGACGACCACGGAUACUGAUUUUUUCUUCAGUGGAUUAUAGAGGUGCGACAUUGAUGUUUGACACUGGAAUUGAUUCCAGUUUGUUGGAUAUAUAAGCGGACUUUGGAUCGUUGCUGAGAAAAUACACCGCUAGAACAAUGAAAGGACACGCUCUGUUGUUCAUCUGUCUCCUUUCGCUGGGCUUGGCAAAUGGGCAGGUCAGCUACACUAUUCCGGAGGAAAUGGCUAAAGGCUCUUUAGUUGGUAAUAUAGCACAAGAUUUAGGGUUAGAAACCAAACGUUUAACUUCUGGUAAAGCUCGAAUCUAUACCCGAGACAGCGAUGAGUACAUCGAGCUGAACAGAGAGAGAGGAGUCCUCCUUGUUAAACAGAGAAUCGACAGAGAGGCGCUCUGCAAACAGACGACGCCUUGUGCUUUACAUUUCCAGGUUAUUUUGGAGAGUCCUAUGGAAUUUUACACUGUUACAGUUCAGAUCACAGAUAUCAAUGAUAAUGCACCAACCUUUGAAGAAGGGGAAAUCAAAUUUAAAAUAAGCGAGUCAGCGAUAAUCGGGGCAAAAUUUGUACUGGAGAGGGCUGAGGAUCUUGAUGUUGGAAUGAAUGAUCUUCAAAACUACGAAUUAAAACCAACUGAUAAUUUUGCUCUGAAACUGCACGAUAACGCUGACGGUAAUAAAAACGUUGAGAUGGUUUUACAGAAGCCUUUAGACAGAGAGAAACAAGAGCAGAUAAAUCUGGUGUUAACUGCUGUAGAUGGAGGAGAGCCGCAGAUGUCAGGAACAAUGCUGAUUGUUAUUACAGUUUUAGACGCUAAUGAUAAUGCCCCUGUUUUUACACAGUCCACAUACAAGGCUGCAGUUACUGAGAACUCACCUAAAGGCACCGUUGUUGCCACUGUUUCAGCCUCAGAUGCAGAUCAGGGUUCAAACGGUAAAAUUACCUAUUCAAUCACAAACACAUUUGAUGAUGUGAGGAAAGUGUUUAAGAUAAACGGUGAAAAUGGCGAAGUUAGUUUGGUUGGAAAUAUUGACUUCGAGGAGUCGCGAAAUUUUCGGAUAAACAUACGUGCUAGUGACGAUGGAGGACUCACAGAUUCUUGUAAAUUAAUUGUUGAUGUACAAGAUGUAAAUGAUAAUAAGCCUGAAAUUAAUAUAAUGUCAAAGUCAAAUGUAAUAUCAGAGGAUGCCAAAGUUAAUACUGUGGUUACAAUGAUAAAUAUUGAGGACAGGGACACUGCAGAAAAUGGAAAAGUGCAGUGUUUUAUUGGCGAAAAUGUACCGUUCAUUUUGAAGACAUCAACAAAUAAUUUCUAUAGUUUAGUGACAGACAGUGAUUUAGACAGAGAGAUCGCUUCUCAGUAUAAUAUAACAGUGACCUGCUCUGAUGAGGGAGUGCCCUCCCUCUCCAGCAGCGUCACUCUCACCUUACAGAUCUCUGAUGUGAAUGAUAACGCGCCUGUCUUUGAGAGGAGCUCAUAUGAGGCCUACAUUGUAGAAAACAACACACCAGGCCUCUCUAUAUUCACAGUGAGUGCCAGAGACGCUGACUGGAACCAGAAUGCCCGUGUUUCUUACAUACUGGAGGACUCCUCUGUUAACGGAGUGCCAGUCUCCUCAUAUGUGUCCGUUAGUGCUGAUAGUGGAGUCAUCCAUGCAGUGCGCUCUUUUGACUACGAGCAGAUCAAAGACUUCCAGUUCCGCGUCAAAGCUCAGGAUGGAGGCUCCCCUCCACUCAGUAGCAAUGUGACUGUGAAACUAAUGAUCCAGGACCAGAACGACAACCCUCCUCAGGUCCUGUACCCAGUCCAGACUGGAGGCUCUCUGGUGGCUGAAAUGGUGCCUCGUUCAGCAGAUGUGGGCUAUCUGGUGACUAAAGUGGUGGCUGUUGAUGUGGACUCUGGACAGAAUGCCUGGCUCUCCUAUAAACUGCAGAAAGCCACAGACAGGGCGCUGUUUGAAGUGGGCUUACAGAAUGGAGAAAUAAGAACUAUCCGCCAAGUGACUGAUAAAGAUGCUGUGAAACAAAGACUGAGUGUUAUAGUGGAGGACAACGGGCAGCCCUCUCGUUCAGCUACAGUCAUUGUUAACGUGGCGGUGGCGGACAGCUUCCCUGAAGUGCUGUCUGAGUUCACUGACUUUACACACGACAAGGAGUACAAUGACAACCUGACUUUUUACUUAGUGUUGGCUUUGGCUGUAGUCUCCUUCCUCUUCAUCACGUGUUUAGUGGUUAUUAUCUCAGUGAAAAUCUACAGAUGGAGACAGUCUCGCAUCCUGUAUCACUCCAGCCUGCCUGUGAUUCCAUAUUAUCCACCACGUUACUCAGACACUUUGGGGACAGGGACUCUCCAACACGUGUACAAUUACGAGGUGUGCAGGACGACUGACUCCAGAAAGAGUGACUGUAAGUUCGGCAGAGCCGGUAGUCAGAACGUGCUGAUAAUGGACCCCAGUUCUACAGGGACGAUGCAGCGGAUACAGAGUGAGAAGAGCAUCCUGGAUGAACCAGACUCUCCUCUAGAGGUUAGAUUGCUUUAAUACAGAUUCAGUGUAUUUUUUUAAUAUAUAUAUAUAUUUUUAAAUGUGAUCAAUGUUACACAACUUUAGUAGCAGUCAGAAGCAUAAACUUUCCGAGACAUUUAUUGAGGGACAGAGUUAAGUAG